AGGGAGCAGCGAUCGCCCCCAACGCCACUGGCGUUUCUUCCAUUUUGGCUGAUCGUCUAUCCGACGGACAUAUGUACGACGAAGCGUUGUCAAGUUCUUUUAAAAUCUUCCAAGUAUUACGUUUCGUUACACCGAUACCGUUACUCACGGAGAACAGACAUGCCGGUAACAGAAGAAGUUAAAUCCAGUUGGGCAGAUGAAGUUGAGGAAGAAGGAGGAGCACUGCCACCACCAACAGAGGUCUAUGAAAAUGGAUUCAAAAUCCUUACAGAAUACAAAUACAACGAAGACGAUAAGAAAGUAAAAGUUGUCCGUACAUACAAGGUGGAACGUCGUAUAGUAUCAAAGACUAUAGCCGUGCGGAAGAACUGGGCAAAGUUUGGAGACUCCUCGGACGACAGACCUGGACCAAAUCCAGCCACAACUGUCGGAGCAGAAGAUGUCUUCAUGCAGUUCAUUUCAAAUAAGGAAGAAGAGAACAAGGUCGAAGAAGACUCACUUGACAAAUUGAAGAGUAUCGGGGACAAGGGUGUCGUCAAGUGUCGUAACUGCAAUGGUGAUCACUGGACUUCAAAGUGUCCUUACAAAGACACUAUACUCGCUGGAGGUAAAGUUCCAGAUGAUAAGAAACCAGCUGGAGUGCCAGGAGCACCUGGAGCAAUGUCUGAUCUGAAUAAACCUCAGGGUAGUAGAUACGUACCACCCAAUAUGCGAGAUGGCGGUAAUAGACGUGGAGAUUCGAUGCAGAUGACGAAGCGUGACGAUACAACAGCGAUCCGAAUUUCCAACCUCUCUGAAAGCACUUCCGACGCCGAUUUGGAAGAGCUUGUUAAGCCUUUUGGACCAAUUCAAAAACUGUACCUUGCUAAGGAAAAGCUAACUAAUUCGUGUAAAGGAUUUGCUUAUGUUCAUUAUAAAUUCCGAGCUGAUGCUGCUAAAGCUAUUGUUCAAUUACAUGGACAUGGUUACGAUCACCUUAUUUUAAAUGUGGACUGGUCCAAACCCCCCACACAAAGUAAUUAGAUGUCAAUUGCGCAUGUGACUCCGUUUUACAAGAUUAAAUCCUUCUGACGCAAUAAUUGAUCAUUCGUUAAGACCCUAUUGAUAUGUAUCUUGUGUAAUAAAUUAUAAUCAAAUAUUUCAAUGUUUAUAUAUAUAUAUAAAUUGAAUGAACGGAUUCCACGUUUCAGUAACCAAGGUAUUGUUUUGCACUCUCUGCAGUUGUAUCUUUGAUUCUUUAAUAAAUUGUCCAAAGUAUAA